AUGAAGCUGUUUCUGGUUCUCAUUAUUCUGCUGUUUGAGGUAUCCAAAGAUGCAGCACGACACAGAAAAUGCUUUAGUAACAUAUCAGGUUACUGCAGGAAGAAAUGCAAACUGGGAGAAACAUAUGAAAUAGCAUGUGUAAAUGGAAAAUUAUGUUGUAUUAAUGAAGACGAAAAGAGACAAUAUCAACAAGUCACAGAGCCACCUGAACCUUCAAGGAAGCCUGAUUUGAAGUUGGACUAUGCUAUCUUACCCACUGUCACACUUAGCACAACUCCACUAUAA